AACUUGGUCACACUGUAGACAGAGCCGCAUGAUUCCUGCACAGCAGGCAGCUAACAACAAAUUAAAGUAUUAAAUCCUUAAUUAAAUGGAAGAUGAAGAGGACCCCAUCGUGGAGGAGAUACCAGUCUUUCUAUCCAAAAACCUGCAGGACAAUUUGUAUUUAUUUCAAUACCCCACAAAAACCCAACUGCUAAAUCACGAUGAUGCCGUUGUUGUCAACUGUUGUGUCAAACCAUUUACACAGGAGGUCAAGGUGGAUUUCGGUCUGAAUAUAGAGUCUAACCACUACGACCGCUUCAAGGGUGAGCAAUUUGCGGUAGCCGCCGAUGGCAAGAACACCUACGGCGCUGCCACGCCCAAGGGCGCGGAACGACCUACCUACAAACGUGGCAUCGUGGACAAGCAGGCGUUCACCAGCACGCGCUCCUUGACGGAUAUCUCCAAGUACGUGGUGGGCAUCUACACGGACAAGGAGUUACAUCUGUCGCCGCUGGCUAGCAUUGUACAGCUGCGACCCUCGCUCAAUUAUUUUGACAAGGAGGACAAGCGGCGCAAGGCAGAGCAAAAGGCGCAGACGGAGGAUGUGGACGACGAGGAGGUGGCGCAGCAAGUAACGGUAAAAUUCGCACGUGGCACUGGCGCUGGCGCCGCUGCAAAGAAAACCAAGGAGCAGCGCGGCACCUACGAUAACUUUGUUCAGCGCAUUGUGGAUGAGCCCUGGUGUGAGAGCUAUUGGCAUGCAAGGAGUACGCCCACCGCAGAGCUCGAGCGACAGAAGCUGUACAGCACGAACCAUCAGGCCAAUCAGUCACUGUCUCUGCCGCCCAGCGAAUAUCUGUACAAGCUGCUGCCACAUGAUGAGCAUGUCCAACAGGUAGAUGUGGCCAAUGUGCUGCCCGUCUAUAACAAGGCAAUGCUGAAGACAAUGCCGCUGCUGGAACAGCUUCGCGUGCUGCUCAAGGAUGCCAAGACACUCUCGUUUACGGAUAUACUGCACAUUCUCUCAGAACACAUUGAUCCGCAUGUCAACGCCGACAAAGUGCUGGCGCUACUUCCUCAAGUGGGAAUACUGCUGCACGGCAACUGGGUGCCCAAGUCGGAGGUGGUCUAUCCCGAAAAGAUGCUAUCACAUGCCAAUGGAGUCUCGGCGGAGCAAAUGAUACGUGCCAGAGAUUAUAUACUCUACAGAUUCUCGCGCACCCCAUGCCUGUAUCGCAACCAGGUAAUGACCGCCACCCAGUUGCCACCCGCCGAGACCUUGGACGUGCUGAGUACUGUGGCACGCGUGAAUGCGACGAAACGUUGGGAACUUCUGCUGCCGCCGGACAAGGAGUUUGAGCAAAAGCAUGUAGAGUUAGUUCAACGCCAGGAGUUGCAUUGGCGCGCCACGGAGCAAUCGUACAACGAAAUGGACUGGGCCAAGGAAACGAAACGUGUGCGCAAGCGAUCUACGCGAAAAAGUGAAUCACAACAGCAAACGACAAUGGCGAUGCCGCCGCCUGCGGUGCACCUUCCCACAGAAGCGUAGCAGCG